CACGUGCGGCGGGAGCCGGAGCGGAGCUAGCCGGCCAUGGAGCUGCUGCCCCGCAGCCCCGGGGAGUUCGGCUCGGCCCGGUACUGGGAUCGGUUCUUCCGGCAGCGCGGACAGCGGCCCUUCGAGUGGUACGGGACCUUCCCGGAGCUCUGCCCCGUCCUGCAUAAGUACGUCCGGCCCCGCGACAAGGUUCUGGUGGUGGGCUGUGGGAACUCGGAGCUGAGCGAGCAGAUGUACGACAUGGGGAUGUGUGAGGACAUCGUCAACAUCGACAUCAGCGACGCCGUGAUCCGUCAGAUGCAAGAGCGGAGCGGCAGCAAGAGGCCGAAGAUGAGCUACCUGCUGAUGGACAUGCUUCAGAUGGACUUCCCUGAUGCCCACUUUCAGGUGGUCCUGGAUAAAGGCACACUGGAUGCCAUCCUCACCGAUGAAGAGGAGGCCACUCUGGCCAAGGUGGACAAGAUGUUUGUCGAGAUCAGCCGGGUCCUGCAGGUAGGAGGGCGCUACCUCUGUGUCUCCUUGGCUCAAGCCCACGUGCUGAAGAAAGCGGUGGAAUACUUCUCCCAAGAAGGUUGGGUUGUGCGUGUCCACCAGGUGGCUGGCAGCGGGGACAAGCAGCAGUUUGUCCUACCAGUCUUUGUCUAUGUUAUGACAAAGUUCAGGAAGAUUCCUGGAUCGGCACCGCAGAUCCUGGAGAUCUGCGCCGAGGAGCAGGACAAGCCAAUGCGAGUGGAGAGCGCGGAGCGGCUGGUGGCAGCGGUGAAGGACAGGCAGCAUUACGCCCUGCUCUGCAGCCAGCUGAGCAAAACCCCCUGUGGGGAGCAGGUUUCUCUGGAUCUGUGUGACAAAGAGAGCGGUAGGCCUCGCUACACACUGCACGUGAUCGACAGCCCCUCGGUGAAACUUUCCCGGGACAAUCGUUUCGCCAUCUUCAUCAUCCCGCAGGGCAGAGAAACCGAGUGGCUCUUUGGGACGGAGGAAGGGCGGAGGCAGCUGGCUGUCAGCGCGGGCUUUGGGCGCCUGGUCACCGUGGCCCUGCACAGGGAGCAGCACUACGAGGGAAUGGCAGCCAUCCAGGCAGAGCUGUCAGGGAAGGUGAUGGAGCUGGCCCCGCCGGGCCUCCCUGCCCGGCAGCAGGUGCCCUUUCUGUCCGUGGGAGGGGACAUCGGAGUGAGAACGGUGCGGCACUGUGACACCAGCCCCCUGAGCGGGGAGUACGUCGUGGAGGAUGUGAAGGGGGAUGGAACCUGUUACUUCCGACGCCUCAUCUUCCUCCGCAACAGGAAUGUGGUGCAGUCAGAGGCUCGGCUCCUGGCCUCUGUGCCUCUCCCAGCUGAUGCCUCCUGUCGUACAGGCCAGAAGAAACGGAGGAAGGACAAGAAGAAACCCAGCCCUGCUGAGCCACCCACGGCCAUUGACAAGAGCUACCUGUGCUGUGAGCACCACAAGGCCAUGGUGGCGGGGCUCUGCCUGCUGGGGGGCCCCGACCCUCUCCCAGGAACUCCACUGUCUGUGCUGGUGGUGGGGCUUGGUGGGGGCAGCCUGCCCCUCUUCAUCCACGACUACUUCUCACAGGCCCACGUGGCUGUGGUGGAGAUCGAUCCCUCCAUGCUGGAGGUGGCCACAUGCUGGUUUGGCUUCUCCCAGGGUGACCGGAUGCAAGUGCAUGUCUCCGAUGGUCUGGACUAUGUGGCCAAGCUGGCGGCUGAAGCCCCAGCUCAGUACGAUGCCAUCAUGUUCGAUGUGGACAGCAAAGACCUCACAGUGGGGAUGAGCUGCCCACCCCCAGCCUUUGUGGAAGAACCUUUUCUGCAGAAAGUUAAAACCAUCCUUAAGCCUGAAGGAGUCUUUGUGCUCAACUUGGUGUGCCGUGACAUCCGGCUGAAGGAUUCUGUCCUGACCACCCUCAGGGGGGUCUUCCCGCUGCUCUACACGCGCCGCAUUGAAGGAGAGGUCAACGAGAUCCUGUUCUGCCAGCCCAGCCCCGAGGGCCGGCGGGACCCCACAGAGCUUGGGGCACGUGCCCGGGUGCUGGAGCAGGACCUGCGGCAGCCUGGGCGCCCCUGGGACAGCUCGUACGCUCUGGCAGACAUGCUGCAGGCUGUCAAGAUCCUCUGAGAGGGGUCUCAGUGCUGUUUGAACAAGAGAGGUGUCUCUGCAUGGGUGCCGUGGCCCCACAGUGGAGGGGUGCCUGUGGCUGGGAUUGCCACCCCUGGGGAGCUGGUGGUGGCCUGGGUCUGCCCGAAGGAUGGGACUAACGUGAAGAGGUGCUCCCUGUAGCUUGGCUCCCCAGGAAGGGAACCAUGGGAGGCUGUGCAGCCCAAGGGGCAGCUUUAAGGUACUGAGGGGAGGAAGGUGCUGCAAGUCUGGCAGAACUCUGGGUUUGUCCCCAUUGCUUUCCCAUUGUGGAAAAAACAUUCCUCCAACCGUCCCCUUCCCUUCCACCACACAUGGCUCCUUCCCUCUGAUGCUGCCGCUCCCUGCACCUCCAGCAUCCCUGGUCACUGGUGUCUGUGCAAAGCCCCAGCCCUGCCCCAAGCCUGGUUGUGGAUGUGUGGGUGGGCUGA